AUGGCAAAGAUAAAUAUAUUGGAAUUAUUAUCAGCAUGCAAGAACUUAGCAGAAGAAUCGGGUGAAAUUAUCACAUCAGUAUUUAAAUCUGGUGAUUUAAAUGUUCAAAUGAAAGGUGAAGAUGACCCAAUGACACAAGCAGAUUUAUUAUCACAGCAACAUAUUAUUGGUGGAUUAAAUAAUUUAUGGUCAGAUUUAAUCAUUGUAGGUGAAGAGUCAUGCGAAAUACCAAAAACUGAUAAGAUCCCAUCAAUCAAUUCAUUAAAGCAAUACGAAAAUGAACUAGAAAAGAAGCAACCAGAGUUUUUAUCCUUGGAUACUAAAGAUUUAAUUAUAUUCAUUGACCCAUUGGAUGCAACUAGAGAAUUUACAAAUGGACGUGUAGGAUGUGUUAUGACAUUAAUUGGUAUUUCUUACAAAGGUAAACCAAUUGCAGGUGUAAUUUAUCAACCAUUUGUUGAUGCUGAUGGUAUUGCAUCUAAAGAAUCUAGUAAAUGGGUUGGUAGAUCUGUAUGGGCCGUUGUAGGUUUACCAGUAGUUGGAUUAAAAGAUAAAAGAGCACCAGAGGAUGUAGGAAAGGUUAUUUUGGUUACUACAGCAAGUCAUAACAAUCAACAAGUCGAGGAUGCUAUCAAUAAAAUAAAACCCGAUAAAUUAAUUAGAACUGGUGGUGCUGGUUACAAAACUCUUAUGGUAAUUGAAAAUCUUGCAGAUGUUUAUGUUUUCCCAACAGUAGGUACCAAGCUUUGGGAUAUUUGUGGUCCACAUGCCAUCCUUUUAGCAAUAAAUGGUAGUUUAACAGAUCCAUUCGGUAAUGAAAUAGUUUAUACAAAUGAUCCAAAGAAAAUAGAUAAUAAAUAUGGUGUUGUAAUUACAAUUGGUGACCAUCAAAAAUAUAUAAAUUUAUUAAAUCAAAAAUAAAAUAAUAAAAUAUGUAUUAAAAUGUAAAAUAUUGAAAAUAAAAUGAAAGUUU